CACCAACACACACCACUCACCAGCACCUCUCUCUCUCUUCCUUCUCCCCCACCUCCUCCUUUCUCUCUCUCUCUUUCCCUCUGAGUGAGCGAGAGAUCUCCCUAAACCUGAGCGAGGCGCUCCCGGAUACACCACAGAGAGGCGAAAUCCUCGUAAAGCGCAACAUGGCUACAAUUGUAACCUGCACCAGGUUCACAGACGAAUAUCAGCUGUACGAAGAGCUCGGAAAGGGUGCCUUCUCUGUUGUUCGGCGAUGUGUAAAGAAAUCAACUGGCCAGGAAUAUGCUGCUAAGAUCAUCAACACAAAAAAGUUGUCAGCAAGAGAUCAUCAGAAGCUGGAAAGAGAGGCCCGGAUCUGCCGUUUGCUCAAACACCCCAACAUAGUGCGUCUCCAUGACAGUAUUGCAGAAGAAGGCUUUCAUUACCUGGUGUUUGACCUGGUGACUGGCGGAGAGCUGUUUGAAGACAUUGUUGCAAGAGAAUAUUACAGUGAAUCAGAUGCCAGCCAUUGCAUCAAUCAGAUCCUGGAAAGCGUCAGCCACAUCCACCAGCAUGACAUUGUGCACAGGGACCUCAAGCCAGAGAACCUGCUGUUGGCCAGUAAGAUGAAGGGGGCGGCAGUGAAGCUGGCGGAUUUUGGCCUUGCCAUCGAGGUGCAGGGAGAUCAGCAGGCCUGGUUUGGUUUUGCAGGCACCCCUGGAUACCUCUCUCCAGAGGUCUUGAGAAAGGACCCUUAUGGCAAGCCAGUUGAUAUCUGGGCCUGUGGUGUGAUCUUGUAUAUUCUGCUGGUGGGUUACCCUCCUUUCUGGGAUGAGGACCAGCACAAACUGUAUCAACAGAUCAAAGCUGGAGCCUAUGAUUUUCCCUCUCCAGAGUGGGACACUGUUACCCCAGAGGCCAAAAACCUCAUCAACCAGAUGUUGACCAUCAACCCAGCAAAGAGGAUCACGGCUGACCAGGCACUCAAGCACCCAUGGGUCUGCCAACGCUCCACAGUCGCCUCCAUGAUGCAUCGUCAAGAAACUGUUGAGUGUCUGCGCAAGUUCAACGCCCGCAGAAAACUGAAGGGAGCCAUUUUGACCACUAUGCUGGUGUCCAGGAACUUCUCAGUGGGUCGGCAGCACACCAGCCCCGCCACCCCCACCACCAGCACCGCUGCACUGGCACAGGAAGCAUGCAAAAGCUUACUGAACAAAAAGUCUGAUGGCGUGAAGCCACAGACAAACAACAACAAAAACAGUGUAGUAAGCAGCAGCACCAAAGACAGCAGCAUAUCAUCCACUGCACCAAUGGAACCACAGACCACAGUCGUGCACAAUCCAGCCGAUGGCACCAAGGGCUCUACAGAGAGCUGUAACACCACAGAAGAGGAGGACCUGAAAGGUAGGAAAGUGUCGGUGGGAGGGGUUAGCAGUGACAGUGCAGUGGUCAGCCUGUGCAGUGGCUCCGAGGAGCCCAGUCCCGCUUCUCAGGCCCAGACUGAGGCCUCUCCCCCCCGCCCACCGGCCUCUGAUCCACCACAUGAUGUUAAGAAUGUUGCUUGGAGCAGUUCAGGUCAGAGCUCCUGUCCUGAAUUAGAGCCUGCUGUACCUGCUCCAGCCUCCACAACAGCAGGGGGCAGCAACAUAAACAGGCAGCAGUCACGAAAGCAGGAGAUCAUUAAAAUCACGGAGCAGCUGAUUGAGGCCAUCAACAAUGGAGAUUUUGAAGCUUACACGAGGAUCUGUGACCCUGGCCUGACCUCUUUUGAGCCGGAGGCACUUGGAAACCUGGUUGAGGGAAUGGAUUUCCACAAGUUCUACUUCGAGAACUUGCUGAGUAAGAACAGCAAGCCUGUGCACACAACCAUCCUGAACCCUCACGUGCACCUGAUUGGAGAGGAUGCCGCCUGCAUCGCCUAUAUCCGCCUGACGCAGUACAUCGACGGCCAGGGCCGGCCACGCAGCAGCCAGUCUGAGGAGACGCGUGUGUGGCACCGCCGAGAUGCCAAGUGGCUCAACAUCCACUUCCACUGCUCUGGAGCGCCCGCCGCACCUCUACAGUGAACCAGACAGGCCAAAGCAUGCCUGAAUACUAAAGCUGAUUGGAGCAUUUCUUCUCCGUGCACGUCUUGCCGCCUGGAGCCCGGCCAGAAGAGAACCUCUUGAAGUUUUGAAAACGUGAGGGAAAAAAUUGACACAACUACGAAAUCUAUUUAAAAGUGGCCUCCACUUCAGUCCAACUCUAGCUAGAUGUGGGGCGGGCGGUCACGGCAGCAGCCCUGCCUUCUGGAUGCUGCAUGCUUCUAAUGCCCACACGGGGCGCUGUAUUGUCUUUUCCCAUAAUCCCAUUAUCUCUGCUGCCCAACAUUCGGAAAUGGUGUUUAAAGUAUUAAUAAUAUAUUGUAAAAUACUGAGAUCUUAUGUAAUUAACAACUGGUAGAGGUGGAAGUUAGAAUCAGAAAUGUGAAUUUUUGAAGAGCACACUCCGUUUUAAGGGUAAAUGGUGAGUUUAUUAUGUUUAAGGGAAAAAAAAUAAUGAUUUGUUUGUUUUAUUUACUUGAGAAUGUGAUGGCAUGGCAUAUCAGAGGGAACGGAAAAAUGUAUCAGACGUUAAAGCACCAAAGUGUAGACUCUAGACAUCAUAGACUUUGAGAAGAGGAUGUUUUAAUGUUGCUUUUAUUUGCAUUGAAAAGGGGAAUAGGCUUGGGGAACGUUUUUUGUUCGUUUUUUAUUGGCUUUCUGUCGUGCUUUUGUGGAACUCAUGGUUUUUUAAUCUCCGGAAUGAUGCUGUAUUUGAAAGUAUUUUGUGUUUCCAAGACAAUUGUUUUUAAAGUGGGACACGAUUUAAAAUAGUUGUGCAUAAACAGAUAUUUAUAAAGAGAAAGGACAAAACAGUCUGGUGUCCGGGGAAAGGGUGUUGUGCGUUUGCUUGUGUGUGUGUUUGUGUAAGUAUAAAUGUUCUUCCUUGGGUUCAAGAUGCUUGUUGCUAUGUAGUGUUUUGCGUAGAUCUUCUUUACACACACUUCCACGUGAGGCCUAAACUCAAGUUGAGUUGUAUUUUUUUUUUUUUUUGCCUUCCUCUGUUUGCUCCUAGCUCUCUGAACCUGAAGUUGCAGAACUCUCUCACUUUUGAUUAGUUUGCUGUAUGUCUCCUGGUCCCCAGGGGGCACUAAACACUACCCACACACACACUCAUAGCCCUCACCCUCCCUCACAGAGUUACUCGGCCCACCCUUUUAGGCUUCCAGCUGCUGUGCACAUCACUUUGUAGACUAUAAGCAUGUUAAAAAAAUGGAGAAAAUGAUAUGGCCUGUACUGUUUUGCACAUAAGCUUGAGACUCUAUGCUGUUCUGUUCACUUUUUUGUGGACUGCUUUGCAACUUCAGGUUAUGAAAUCCAUCCAAGGGAUCUUUCCAUCCAUCCAAGGCUUUAGAGGAAGACCCAGACUGUCACAUUAUCCCUCCAUAAGUGUCUGGACACUUGUUUUGGCACUGUUUACUUUGGCUCAUCAUCACACAGUGCGAUUUGAUUUGUGGUAUUGGUGGGACAGCGAUGACCCGAUCGUCUACAAGCAGGGAUUUGAAUGAAAUUGACUUGAUGAAUGCAGUUCCAGGGUGUUUUGGGGUCCAUUUUGUGUUUUAGAUUGAUUUUCUUGUUUGAUUUUUCUAGUAUAACUUGUAAAUACCAACGCAGAUCAUUGAUGAACGACAAACUUGUUCAUCCAGAUGCACGUACACAGAACUCACUGUUUGGUCCACACUUGUUGGUUUGGGUGUGUUAAAGCACAUGGACACACGUUGUGCUCCCUUUAAAGCUUAUCUGUGUGACGGUCAUACAUCAGAACACUGUUUUGGGCUGUGUUGAAUUAUGUAAAAUCCUGUGUGAAUUGUGAUGCCUAGGGGGUCUGCAGUUCCCCUUUUACUCUGUGCUAAGCCAUUUCUUGUGACGUUACCUUUUAAAGUUGGUGAAUUGUUGCACCCAAGUCUGUGUGAUUAAAAAAAGGGAGGAAAGAGAGUACUCCUGCCCUGAGGCAUCUUGUUAGUGCGUUUACUCGUCCACAGAUGAAGCCGUCUGGCACUGUGAUGUCUACCAUACUUCAUUCUGCGCUCUUUGUUGCCCCCUGCUGCAGUGUGUCUUAUAGCAGUGUGAUCAGACCUAGUUCACUCAUAGUGCGUCCUCUCAGAUAACAGCGUCCUUGUUUUAAAAAUAAAAAAUAAAAGUGCAGUUUAGUCAGUUAGACUCGCAUACUAAUGUAAAUGGGCAAGAGAUGUUUCCAGAUGCAGGAGGUUGUAGUUCUUGCGACUGUCAGACGGACAGCUUUGUAUGCUAGGUGAAUACUUCCUGAACUAAAUAACUCCCACAACCCAAACACAUAUGCAGUUGAGCAGAAGGAAAAUAUGCAUGUGUAACUUUCUGGUAAUAAUUUUCACUGUCUGUGUUACCUAAAAUUGAAAUCUGUGUAUAUUUACCUGCAUCUUCAAGGUAAACGAGAUGUGACUCUUGAGUUUCCAGUGCUAAAAUCAAAUGCUAAUUUUGUAAAGAAAUGGACUAAAAGAGAUUAACACAACUUUAGCUUGGUAUGUUUCCCCAUUCUUGUUAGUUUUUUUUUGCAUUGUAACCAUAUAUGAUGGGACUACAUAUGAUUAUACUCUGAGGUUUAAUUGGAUGCUGGAUUUUUUUGCAUGACCAUACAAUUAAUAAAACUAUGAAUUUAAAUCCA